CGUCUGGAAGAAAACCUCCUGACAGAGGCUCCAUCCAUGCUGAUCCACACGACUCUGAGCCUCAGAACGCGUUUGUGUUGAUAUUUAGCAGCUUUUUAGACACAAUGCCUUCAGCCUUUCUGUCCACUCUGACUGUGCUGUGGCUGAUCACUCUGCCCUGCAUGGAAGCUAUCCACGGACUGUACAGUUUCGGCCAGCAUGACCUGUUCUACAAGAAGAACAACUGCAAGCCCAUUCCUGCCAACCUCCUCCUGUGCCACGAUAUAGAGUACACGGAGAUGCGUCUGCCGAACCUUCUGGGACACGAAACCAUGAAUGAAGUUCUGCAGCAAGCUUCGUCCUGGAUCCCGCUGGUUCAGAAGCAGUGCCACCCGGACACCAGAAAAUUCCUCUGCUCUCUUUUCGCUCCUGUGUGUCUCGACGACUUGGACGAACCCAUCCAGCCGUGCAGGUCUCUGUGCGAGAGCGUCAGAAACGGCUGCGCGCCCGUCAUGUCCGCGUUUGGCUUUCCUUGGCCCAAGAUGUUGGAGUGCGACCGUUUCCCACUGGACAAUGACCUGUGCAUUCCACCUGCAGGGAUUGACAACUUCGUCCCGGUCACAAAGGAAGUGCCAAGAGUGUGCGAUGCUUGUAAGGAAACUGAUGAAAAUGACAACGAGAUCGUAGACAACCUGUGUAAGAAUGACUUCGCUCUGAAGAUCAAGGUCAAAGAGAUCUCCUACAUCAACGGCGACACUAAGAUCGUCCCGGAGACCAAGAGCAAAACCAUUUACAAGCUGAACGGUGUGACGGAGCGGGACCUGAGGAAGACGGUGCUGUGGCUGAAGGACGGCCUGCAGUGCGUCUGCGAGGAGAUGAACGACAUCAACGCCGCAUACCUGGUCAUGGGCCAGAAGAUGGAGGACGGGCACCUGGUCAUCACCUCUCUGAAGCGCUGGCAGAAGGGACAGCGCGAGUUUAAGAGGAUUUCCCGCAGCAUCCGCAAACUGCAGUGCUAAAUGACGCACAGGCUUAGAUGCAAAAAAACCCCAAACAAACCUAAAUGUAUUAGACUUUUCAACUGUUCUAUUUUUCUGGAAGGCGCUACUGCUUGAUCCAUUUCACUCAGUUUAUCCACGAGACCACGUUAACACUUGUGAUCCGUGUUUUUAGGCAUUUAUACGACAAGUAGCAGCUGUUAAAGGCUCUCUGUGUGGUUCUUCCAGCUCUAAAUUUUGUGAUUAAUGAGAGGUUCUCGACAUUCUACUUGUUUAUUAAGAUUUCCACUCUUAAAUCUAAAAGGUUAACGUUUGGUUAUGCUUAUGCUCU